AGGGUUAAUUUCUUUUAACAUGCUGCUCUUCAAGAGGUGGCUGAACAAAUUACAUGUUCACACUUUGAAGCAUGAUGAUUGAGAAUCAGGCUCUUUCCUUCCAAGUGAAGGAAACAGGUGAUCAGUGGGUGGUUUUCUAUGCACAAUAACACUAAAUUUGACAUCAUCCGACUAUGUAUGUAUAUGUGUAGAUUUUACUGUUGCUAGGUAAAAUCAUGACGCUUCAUGUAGGUUUAUAAAACAACUUCCCCCUCUAGUGACCAGUCUGUUGUGGUGGUUUAUUUUAAAGAGGCACAUCUGACAUCCUUAUACUUUUAUUUAACACAUUUGUGUGUGUUAACAUUAAAAAAAAUCAAUUUAGUUCUAUUUUGUCAUUUUUAAACAAUAUAAUUAAACCUGCAUUUCAUUGGUUGCAAACUGAACACACCGGUUUUAAAUGCUCAUCUUUGUAAAGCCAGAGCUGAUGAUUGAGGUGAUUGGGCUUCUCUGCUUCAUAAGUCAUUAAUCAGUCUUUGGUGCUCUUGUGUUACAAUAAAACAAACUAACUGUAAUAGUAUAAAUUUUUGUGUGUCCACAUUUUUCAAGCUUGGAGAACAUUUUUCAUUAAGCAAAAGUAAUUUUCUUUGCAUCCAUUUGGCUAUUUAAAUCUUUAAAUUAAAAACAAAAGUGUACUUUAAACAUCAUUCUGAUAUCAUUUUUAGACUUAUUCAAUGUAAACUGGUGAAUGGCUGGUUAAUGCUUCCCUUUAGGUCAGCCAUGAUUGUCCUGCUUGCACUUCAAUAAUGCUACUUCCGCUCAGUGACCUCUUCAGCUUGGAUCUUACCAAGUAACUAUAUCUUUUUCACACCUGAUGUAGAAAAGCAGGUGGGGGCGAGCCACAGUUUUUCAAUCCAGCUGAAGAAGAUGAAUUUCAUGCUCCUCCCUGCCUGAUGAUGUGUUCCUUUCUGUUAUUUAAGCACCUUCCUUUCUUAAAAGAUGCAGUUGGUGGUGACAUGGCUGUUGGUUGGGUUGUAUUCAUUUUGUUAGUGGGGGGUGGUGUAGCGCUGGAAAAUUCAAAGGCCUUCAAUGUGUCACAAAAAUGUAUGAAGGAUACAAACACUUUCCUCUGGGAAAUUAACCAGGACAAGCCAAAGGAAUAUGCAGUUCUUAUGUAUGAUGCUUAUGGAAAGAUGGGUAGUAAUGUAAAAGGAGGUAACAUCAACCAGCCUGGUUUGCUACAGCAGUGCCGCUCUUCUACGAGUCCCAGCUUCUCUGGACAGUACUGUCAGGUGUUCCUGAGGCAGGGAGAAAUCCAGUACUUUGUAGGAAUUUGUGUUCCUGACUCCUGUGGGGAAGAAGAUGUAAAGAAACUAGUACUAUCCAACAGACUUCAGUUUAAUCAGAUGUCCCUCAUUCCUCCUUUACCCUCCAUCCUAAUCAAUCAGUCUUCUCAGGAGUUGAUCAUGACUCACUGUUUAUCUGACACUAUUAACCCUGAUGCAUCUGAAGUCAUAUGUCUGUUUGUGUGCUGUGUUAUGAUAGCAGUUCCUCUGGCGGCUACUCUUUUUACUGCAAUAAUAAAGUCAGAACAAAGUAGAGAGAUCAGCCCUACAGCAGAGUUUACCCACUUAAACAGCGACCUCAACCUUUACGGAACCAUGAAGACCAAUGGCUCACUCGGAAGUGAAAUGAACUGCAGCACAUCAGAGGAAAACAACAACACCAGCCCAGUGGAACUGUGUGUUUCUCGAAGUUGUAUGUACGGGUGCCUUCAAGCCUUCUCUCUGCAGACUACCAGUCGGGCCAUCUUCAGCAGCUCCUCCUCCAAUCUUGGUGGAAGCUUCUCCUCAUUGAAUGGCAUCCGUGUUCUCAGCCUGUUGUGGAUCAUAUGUGGCCACUCUGCACAGUUCCCAGUAAUUAACAAUUUGGAUAACUAUGAAACCUGGAAGAAAACAGUUGAAAGCAACCCAGUGUAUGUGCUUACCAUCAGUGGGCCUGUUUUCCUGGCUGUAGACACCUUCUUGUUGCUUGGGGGUUUGCUCAGUGCCAAGUCCCUACUGAGCUCCAUUGACCAGGCUGAAAACAAACUGAGCACCAGUUUGGUCGCAAACUAUUUAUUCAAGAGGAUUAAAAGGAUUCAGCCACUGCAUCUGUUCAUUAUGUGUUUAACAAUUGGCCUAAUCUCUUUGGUCCGAUGGGGACCUUACUGGUUCCCGUUUAUAGACACAAUGAUGGACUGUAAAGCAUACUGGUGGGCUAACUUACUCCUGAUUAGCAAUCUCCUCCCAGUCCAUGAAAUAUGUAUUCCUUGGACAUGGUACCUGUCUUUAGACUUCCAGUGUUAUACCACCACUCCUGUACUGGUCUAUCUUUACAGACUCAACAGGGGGGUGUUUGUGGUUGUGGCUGGAGGCCUCCUGCUGAUGACCAUUGUGGCCAGUGCUGUUAUAACUGCUGUCCUGCAACUACCAGUCUUCCAACCAUCUACCAUGACAUCAGAAAACUAUUUGUAUUACUAUGUGAAACCCUAUACGAGAUAUGGACCAUUUCUAAUAGGGGUUUUGAUUGGAAUAUACCUGACAACAAAGAAAAAACAGCUUUUGAAACAGAAGAAGCAGGCAGCACUUGGUUGGUUCUGCUGUCUGUCACUAAUGGCAAUGUUGGUUGGAUUGGCCUACAUCCUCAGGGAGACCCCAGCCUACCCAUCUCUUUCACAUGCUCUGUAUCAGGGGCUUCACAGACCACUCUGGGCAUUGAGUGUGAGUUGGAUCAUUCUGGCCUGUGAGGAGGGGUAUGGAGGUUUUAUCAAGAAAUUCUUAUCUCUGAAUUUCUGGGUUCCUCUUUCCAACAUCAGUUUUGCCUGCUAUCUGGUACAUCCUGUCUUCAUCAUCCUGUACAAUGGCUUGCAAGAGACUCCAAUUCACUACACAGAUAUCAAUUUUAUGUACCUGUUCUUUGGUCACCUGGUGUUGACAGUGGUGGUGAGCUACAUCCUCACUGUGUUAGUUGAGAGGCCCUACCUUCUGCUGAAAUGGAGCCCCAUCUAAAGAAAAGGCAGCACCUAUCAAGCUUUAAAUAUUACUAAUUCUUUAUGUUGUUUGUGAUUCAUUCUCUCUCAUUCAAAUAUGUUUUUUCUGGAUAAUAAAAUGUUUACUUUUGGUUUCCUGCUUUGCCAUAACUUGCUAAGGCUACUAUUUUUAACAAUAUUGUUUGAGAGUUUACCA